ACUCCAUUCAAUGACACUGCACACUUGAGUUCGUUGAUCAUUAAGCUAUUUCAAGAUACAAAAGUACGCGAUAGAGCUCGUCGAAAUGCUUAUGAUUUCGGUCGUAAUAUGAUCUGGCCCAUUAUAGGUGCUAAAAUUGAAGAAAUUAGCCGCGAUCUAAUUUCGUCUGCAUAA